GCAGUUUUUGCCUGCCUUGAUUGUUUUUUCUUUUUCUCUUUUCAACUUUUCGGUUACUUUCAUGGACAUCGAUCAAACCACCGUGUCGGCACCGGAGGAGAGGGGCGCCGGAGGCGAGCUCAGAAAGCUGUCGGCUAGCCCCUACGCCUGUCCGACGGAGUCCGUCCGCCGCCGUUGGAUUUCAAAGCUCGUCGACCCUGCCUACCGCCUCAUCGCCGGCAGAGCCACCCGUAUUCUCCCUUCCUUCCUCUCCCCGGCGCCCCCACUCUCUGCUCUCCCUAGCCCUACCUCUGAUGUCGAAGAUCAAGAUAGAUGGAGAACUGGUGACAGUCUUGAAGAUUAUUCACGCAGAAGUAAUAUACAUCUUUUGGCAUCCAAAUCAACUGAAAUGGCCAGUACUAGUGGCAUCAGUGGUAAACUGAAAAGCAGUUCAGAUUUGGUUCUGUCCAGGCAGGAUGAAAAAGGAGAGCAAUCUGAUAAAAGUAGGCUUUCUGAUAUUGAGGGGCUGGUGAAAGGGAAAAAAUUCUCUAGAGAUGAAUUUGAUCAUUUAGUGAAGGUAUUAAAUUCAAGGGCAAUGGAUCUUUCUUAUGUUGAACGAGGAAAGGAAAAUGCAAAUUUAAUUUCUAGGAAAGAUGAUUCAGGGCUUGCGAUGGCACAUGUGCUUCCAACAGUUUCUGAUGAACAAAGGCAAGAAGUGUUGACUGGAACCAUAAGGGGAAGCCCAUCACCAUUUGGUCUGCCAAAAGUUCAAGAUGAAAUUGGUGCUUCAAUUGAGAUUGCUAGAGCAUAUAUGGAUUCCCUUGCAUCAGGAGCAGGCCCCAGUUCUAAGAGCAUGAUUCAUACUGUUAAAAACAGUGUGUUGCAUGGUGAUGAAGCUGCUAUAAAACCAUAUGAUCCAUCACCAUCAAAGAAGUCAUCAACAUGUUGGCCUGGUGCUGUGGUGCCAGAGGCUUACGUAACACCACAAAGUCAGAGGAGCAGAUUUGGACUUCAUAACUUCCCCCGUACUCCUUAUUCCAGAACUCUAUUAACAAAGUCUAAGUCCAAGUUUAUUCAUACACAAGGAGGUAACAGCAAUGUUUCAUCAACUCCCUGCCAUCAAUCACAAACUACUCUGUAUCUGCAGGAUAAAUCCAAAGUUGGUGCAUCAGAAAGUGGAUAUGGAUCUGUUGGACCUAUUCGUAGGAUUAGGCAUAAAGUUGGUACACAGUCUUCUUCAAGAAGACCAGCUUAUUCAUCUCUGAAUGGCCCUUCAGAGAGAGAAAGUUCUGGUGUUGUUGAACGAUUCACAUCUAUUGCAAAGAGCAUGGAUCCAGAUGCAACAAGUUGCAUUCACAAACCACUGAGCUUUGAGGUGGGUGUGCCACUGCCAACAGCACACAUGCAUACCAGUUUGAUGGCUAAGAAGAUAUUGGACCAUAUUGAUAGAAACAUUCCCACACCUAAAGAGAAAUCUGCAGAGCUCAAGAUGGCAAUGAAAUGGAAGAAUCCUGAAUCUUCUACUGAUUUCAGUACUAUCUUGUCAGAUGAAGAUAAUGGUUUGGUUAAAUUAAAAGAUGUUAGCCCUUAUAAAUAUGAUGGGAUUUAUGGAAAGAAAUCCACACUAAGAAAUGAUGUUAAAGGGAACUACCAUGUUGAUAUGCAACCUAAGGAGAGUACUCAGAAAUCUAUGAAUGUGAGAAAAGAAGGAACUUUAACAUCUGACAUAAAUGUUUGCAGCAGCAUCCCCAGUCUCAGUAAUGUUGCAAGCACUACGCAAAAUUUUGAUGGUUCUCAAAAUUUAUUGACAUCUUCAAAAGAGGAUGCUUUGAAGACUCUCCCAUGUGGCAGUCAUCCUUGCGUAGUAAAUCAAGAAAGGAAACCACUCACUAACUCUGCAGCCAGUAAACCUGUUUUACCUCCUAUUUCCAUCAAGAAACCUAAAUCAAGAUGGACGCUAGAAUCUGAUAACGGCUCUGGAUUUACCUUUCCUAUUUCAACUUCCUCUUCUGUUUUCUCUGAGCCUCCAACACCAUCCAUCAUGCCAUUACUUUCUACUGGGGAUCAGCGCCAAUUAAAAGAAAGAUCUACUGAACCGCCAUAUAGUUUUGGUUUAAAAAAGUCCAGUCCUGCAGUAGUAUUUUCCUUUCCUUCUACAAGCAAUACUGCUGUUCAGAAUGAUGCUGGAGAUAUAAAGUUUAACUUCGGUUCAACUGAGAAUCCAAGGCUAUCAUUUUCAUUUGGAAAAAAUGCUGUUUGCUGUUAAAACGGGCAAAAUGGGCCCCACUUUUUGUGUUAUUUUUUUUUCUUUUAUCUGAUUAUUGCAUUUUUACCCUUUAACCGUCUCUAAUUGUAGUGUGCUUUUGCUUUUUUUUUAAGACGACGAGUAAAAUUAAGCCUUUUUUAAUCAGAAAUUGUGGUCUCUGUGGUCCUUAGUGCCCCUCAUUGUGAUUUUUCUUAUUCCACAGUGAACUUGUUGGAGUACUGGGGAAAUUUGGCGAUCAGUUGAUUUCGUUAUAUUUGUAAAGGAUAAUUUUCACAAUAGAUACAAAUCUGGAUCUUCGUGCAAUUUUUAUC